GUUGCACGAUGGGGAUUGUGGUUUGGCGCCGCCUUGCUGGAUAGGAAGGGACGAAGAAGGGAACUACAUUCCCCAAGAGCGGAGCCCUGGAGCGCAUGCGCCUAUGUGAUAAGGAAGGAAGCUAGCUGUGUGGGGCCAGCAGUGGGAAGAAAGCCCCUCCCUGCACCUGAGCCAGGAUCCAUCGGGCUGGCACAGAGAUGACCCUCUUCCAUUUUGGCAAUUGCUUUGCCUUGGCGUAUUUCCCGUAUUUCAUCACCUACAAAUGCAGUGGCCUGUCCGAAUACAAUGCCUUCUGGAGAUGUGUCCAAGCAGGUGCCACCUACCUCUUUGUCCAGCUCUGCAAAAUGCUGUUUUUAGCGACCUUCUUUCCUACUUGGGAGGGCGGUGCCGGAGCGUAUGACUUUGUUGGAGAAUUCAUGAAAGCAACCGUGGACCUGGCCGACCUGGUGGGGUUGCAUCUGGUGAUGUCGCGGAAUGCAGGGAAAGGCGAGUACAAGAUCAUGGUGGCCGCCAUGGGAUGGGCCACAGCAGAACUCAUCAUGUCUCGGUGCAUCCCACUGUGGGUGGGGGCUCGCGGCAUCGAGUUUGACUGGAAAUACAUCCAGAUGAGCAUCGACUCCAACAUUAGCCUGGUCCACUAUAUUGCCACAGCUGCCCUGGUGUGGAUGUUUACGCGUUACGAUUUGCCGAAACACUACCGAUUGCCCCUAACUUUCCUCCUGGGAGUCAGUGUCUACAAAGCCUUCUUUAUGGAAUCAUUUGUUCACAUUUUCCUGCUGGGCAGCUGGACGGCGCUCCUGGUCAAAGCGGUCCUCACUGGCCUCCUGUCUCUCAGCUCCCUAACCCUCUUUGUCACUCUGGUGCAUGGCAACUGAGCUCCUGCCCCCAUCCUCCAGUGCUGAGAGUAGCAACCUCUGCAUCUCGGGCAGUCCAGCCCAGGCCCCGUGGCGGAGAUGGUGCUCGGCUGAAUCCUGCCGUCGCAGGAUCCGUUGUGAUGUCACUUUGGCGACGGGGAUAAGAAUAAAAAUUCCCUAACUUUU